CACUGACGCAGCCUAAAUUGCAAGUCAUUGUCUAGAAACGUCAAAACAAGAAUUUAAUCGGAGAGCAUUCGUUGUGCGUGAGAGUUGCUUGGACCGGCUGUCGUGUUUUCUAUUACGCUGCUUAUUUCUGCAGUCCCAACUGCUCAUUUCGCUUCAGUUCUUCGCAGUCUCGAACUUCCACACCAUGACGUCACUUGCUCAGCUAUCCCGCGUCUACCCGCGGCUGUUGGCCGUCCGUAAGGCGGCGGUGGUCGCGUCCCGCAAUCUGAACCUGCUCGAGUACCAGAGCAAGAAGCUGCUGGAGCAGAGCGGUGUGGCCAUCCAGGCGUUCCGGGUGCUCGAGGGCCGCAAGGACGAGGACGUGCUGAAGGAUUUCAACGUCAACGAGUACGUGGUGAAAGCGCAGAUUCUGGCCGGCGGUCGGGGCAAAGGUCAUUUCGAUAAUGGCUUCAAGGGAGGCGUGCACAUCACGAAAGACCGUUCCAAGGUGAUCCCACUGGUGGAGAAGAUGGUCGGCGCCAAACUAAUCACCAAGCAAACCCCCAAGGACGGAAUCCUGGUGAAAUCGGUAAUGGUCGCGGACAGCAUUAACAUCGUACGGGAAACCUACCUGUCGAUCGUUAUGGAUCGCGAGCACAACGGACCAGUGUUGAUCGCCUCGCCGGCCGGCGGAAUGGACAUCGAAGCGGUGGCCGAGGAAACGCCGGAAAAGAUCAAAACCGUCCCCAUCUCGAUCCUCGCGGGCAUCAGCCGUGCCCAGGCCGAGGACGUGGCGCGCUUCCUGGAGUUCAAGGGACCUCUGGUCCAGACGGCAGCCACGGAAAUCGAAAAGCUCUACUCUCUCUUCCAGAAGGUAGACUGCACCCAGAUCGAAAUCAACCCGCUGGCGGAAACGGACGACGGUCGGGUGAUCUCGGUCGACGCAAAGCUCAACUUUGACGACAACGCCGAGUUUCGGCAAAAGGACAUCUUUGCGAUGGAAGUGCACGAGGACACCGACCCCAAGGAAAUCGAAGCCAGCAAAUAUAACCUGAACUACAUAGCCAUGGAGGGCAAUAUCGGCUGUCUCGUCAACGGCGCCGGACUAGCGAUGGCCACGAUGGACAUCAUCAAGCUGAACGGAGGCGCGCCCGCAAAUUUCCUCGACGUCGGCGGAAACGUCAAAGAAGACCAAGUCCUGAAAGCCUUCCAGAUUCUCACCUCGGACCAGAACGUGAAAGCCAUCCUGGUGAACGUUUUCGGAGGCAUCGUAAACUGUGCUACAAUCGCGAACGGAAUCGUGAACGCCACCAAGGUUAUCGGGCUGCGAGUUCCGCUGGUGGUGCGGCUCGAGGGAACGAACGUGAACGCCGCCAAGAAGAUACUGCAAGAGUCGGGGCUUAAGAUUGAAUCCGCCCAGGACUUGGACGAGGCGGCCAAGAAGGCGGUGCAGGCGAUUAGUUAGGCGGAUGUUUCGAUUUGGUUAAGAAUUGUUUGGCAUUUAUUUUAAAUAGCUGUUGUAGUCAGUAGCAUGUUAGACUACCGUUCUUGGAUAUUCGUGCAGCAACCGAGAUGAUGAAUUUAUAUGAAUUAAAGCGCAAUGUCAUUGCAUUUUUAGUAAAAUAAA